AUGGAUUCUGGAGACCAAUCGGUGACGUUGCGGCCUCCAGGGAGCGUGCUCGCCGACUGCGUCGAAAAGAGGUCCUGCUUCACCGAUCAGAAGAUGGUCAAGUUGUCCUUCCUGUGGACAAUCACAAAUUUCAGCCUCUGCCGAGAGGCCACUGGGCAAGCGCUGCUCAGUUCGACGUUUUCCACGGGUGAGCAGAAACCCGUCACGUGGCGCCUCAGGCUGUACCCGAGAGGCGCCAGCGAAAAGUGCGCGGAAUACGUGUCCCUCUUCCUCGUGUCCUACAACACCAGGCGGGUCUCUGCCAAGGCGACGUUCUCCGUCGUCGAUGCCAGAGAGGACGAGGCUAACAGCCGGCAGACCAGGACACGAAUCUUCUCGCGCCGCGGCGACAGCUGGGGAUACGAAAAAUUCAUCGGCAGGAUGUCUCUGAAGCAGAACGGCAGGAACCUUCUGCCCAACGACACUCUCACGCUCAGGUGCGAGCUCAUCGCCUUGGAGAGUUCGGCGAGUGCGCCUGGAACGAGCAGCGAGAUUGCUUCGAGCACGCUUCCCGAGUGCCGCCUCUCCGAAGACCUGGAAUGGCUCCUGGAGAGUAAAAAUUACGCGGACGUGACGUUUAAGGUGGGCGACGAGACAUUCCAGGCUCACAGGAGCAUCUUGGCGGCACGGUCACCGGCGUUCCGGAGUAUGUUGGAACACGCGAUGGAGGAAGAGGUAGUCGGCGGAGUUGUCAUCGAGGACGUCGAACCGGGCGUUUUCGCCGCCAUCCUGAGAUUCCUCUACACAGGGCGCGUGCCGGCCUCAAUAGUGAAACCCGAGUCUCUCUUGAAAGCUGCCGACAGGUACAACAUGGACCUACUCAAGAUAUCGUGCGAGCUGGCUCUCAUCUCCCGCCUGUCCGAGGAGUCGGCCGCGGAAACGCUGAUUCUGGCCGAAAAGCACAACGCCGUCACGCUGCGCAACGCAACACUCGACUUCAUCGGCUCGAACCUCGACGCUGUACGGAGACCCCCGGAUGGGAUGCCAUCUCCAACCGCGAAAUCAAUCUACCCGAACAGCUCUUGA